AUGUGUCCUACAAACUACACAACACCAACAUAUUUCAUCAUAAAGGGUAUUACUGAUGUUCCUGAAUUACAACUUACGAUCUUCCUCUUGGUGCUAACAAUGUACCUUACCACACUCGGAGGUAACUUGACCAUUCUUCUGUUGAUCUGUCUAGAAAGCCAUCUACACACUCCUAUGUACUUCUUCCUCGGAAACCUGUCUAUCCUAGACAUGUCUUCAACCACUAUCACGCUUCAUAAGAUACUUGUUAUUUUUGUAUCUCAUAAUAGAAUUGUAUCUUUCAUUGUCUGUAUGACUCAAAUGUUUAUCUUUUCAUCAUUUUCCUGUGACAGUUUGUUUGUAUUGACAGCUAUGAGUUAUGACCGUUAUGUGGCAAUCUGCAAACCUCUUCACUAUACCUUGGUCAUGAGCCGAAAGGUAUGCAUCUUCUUGGCCUUCAUCUGUUGGGCCCUUGGCUUUUCUCAAAUUAUUCCUAUACUCAUCUACUUAUUAAGAUUUACUCUUUAUAAAUCCAAUGAAAUCAACCACUUCUUCUGUGACAUUGUGCCAUUAAUAAAACUUUCCUGCAAUGACAUGUCAUCUCUGGAACUCUACAUUUUAAUCAAUGGGAUUUUCCUCUCUAUUUUUCCCUUUCUUUUGACUUUUUUCUCUUACAUUUUUAUUAUUCAGUCCAUAUUAAAAAUCCAUUCCAACACUGGCAGACAUAAAGCCUUCUAUACAUGUUCCUCACACCUGACGGUUGUAGCUCUACUUUACAUCACUUUGGGCUGCCAGUACUUGAAACCAAAAUGGCAGGGCAAUCUGGACUCCAAUAAACUGUUUUCACUUUUCAACACAGCCACUGUCCCUAUGCUAAACCCUUUGAUUUACAGUUUAAAGAAUAAAGAUGUGAAGUUGGCUCUCAGAAAAACACUAAAAUUUCAAAGAAAAUAUUUCUAA